UUUUGGAAUUUUUUGUGCUUGAAUUUUAUAUUCAAAACGAGGCAAUUGCAACUAAAGGAAAUGAAGCAAUUUUUAUUUUUGACCUUAUUUUCGUUUUUGCUGUUUGAUGGGAUCUACAUCAAAGGGGCUAUGGGACAAACAAUAACUUACGUACAGCUUCUCUCGAAAUACCAACAAAAAACUAGUGAUCAUUCAUUUGAAACAAACUUCAAACCGUUGUUCUCAUUCUGUGAAUGGAAUGUUUCCUCUGAAUAUAUUCAUGUUUUAAAUUCGAUCUCUAACAUUCAAAAUCUCAUGGACAAUAGCAACCUGAAUGAUUUAUGUACUUCUAUAAGAUCGUCUCUUCAAAGCUAUGCAACUUAUUUACAACCGGUUGAAGAUGAAAUCCAAGAACUUUACAACAAUUGGGAAAACCACGAUCUUACUGUUGCGGAAGAGGGGCGUGUUAUUUUUCGUUUUCCUCAAAUAAAAAGAGUUCAUGCAAUAUAUAAUAAAACAUUUAAAACUGCCAUGGAUCAGCUGAGUAAAAGAGUUUCAAGUUCCGUAAUAGAGUCGGACAAUGGUCAAGCCGCAAUUUUGAAAGAUCUUGAAACUGCAAAUAAAGUUUUGUUGAAAUUCUGUAAUCGCAGGAAGGACUGGGCCAAAUUAUUAUUGGGCUUCGACAUUGAAAUAAUUGCAUAAAUUUUAAUGAAACAAUUAUGAAAUUGAAAAUUGUUCAAUUUAAAAACACAUAGUUUCGUUGAUAAGCAGUGAAAAGUUUAUAUGAAAUAAAUAGUCCAAUUCAGUCUAUUCUAUAUUCAAAUGAAAAAUGAUAAAAAAUUGUACUUCUAUAGAUGCAAUAAAAAGUUUAACUUUUUUAUUAUCAUA